AUGGCCAGGUCCUAUAUGUUUGAUAGUAAAACAACAGAGAAUAGAAGAAAGAUGAGAGAGGAGCAGCAAGUCGAACUCAGACAACAAAAGAAGGAAGAGCUUCUGAGCAAGAAGAGAAAUCUUUCUGUUUCUGCAUCUGCCAUUUCAAACUUCAUUCCAAUGAAAGAAAAGUUAUUUAGCAAUGAUUUGGAGCAAGCCCACCAAGGUGUUUAUGAGUUUAGAUCACUCCUAAGUGUCGAGGACUCUCCUCCAAUCCAGCCAGUCAUAGAUUCUGGAUGUGUGCCUAGAUUUAUAGAGCUUAUGGACAUAUCAUUUUUGACAUCGUCCGAAAUGAUGAUGGGUGGAAUUCCUGUGUCAGGGAUACAGCAGGACAUGCCUGAAUUUAGUGUUGCCAUGGAUAUAAUAAAUAAGAUUAGGGUAGAGGCUGCAUGGGUCAUAACAAAUAUCUCAUCAGGAACCACGCAGCAAACAAAGGUAGUCAUUGAUUGUGGGGCAGUUCCCCUCUUGAUCCAGAUGCUGCUGGACACAAAUGAUGCAGUUCUGGAUCAAAGCGUAUGGGCCCUAGGAAACAUAGCUGGAGAUUCUGAGGGGAUGAGAGACAUAAUACUUGAAACAGGUGCUCUUGAUACUGUUCUUGGACUACUCUUAAAGCUUCACGGGAGUGCAAUCCACAUAAAAAUCGUUAGAAAUCUCACUUGGCUUCUUUCAAAUCUCAAUAGAGGAAGAAAUCCUCCACCAAAUGAGCAGAAUAUGAGAAAAUCCUUGGAUGUUCUUUUCAAGCUGAUUAAUAUAAGAGACCCGGAAAUAGUUAGUGAUGCAUACUGGGCGCUUAGUUACAUUGUGGAUGUUAGCAUCCAAUGCAGUGAUGUUGUGCUUAGUAGUGGAACAAUGAGCAGGACAUACUCUCUUCUAGAGGCUCUUACCAAUAGGCUUGUUGGAAUAUCUUAUUCUGCAGAGGAUGCAAAAAUAUGCUUGUGCGCAAUAUCUCCAAUAAUAAGGAUGAUAGGAAACAUAGCCACUGGGUCUGAUGACCAAACAAGUGCUUUGAUUCGAAUGGGGUUCAUGAAAUUCUUUAGGCCUGUAUUUUAUAGACUGGAAAAUAAAAAGCAGCCAAGACUUCGAAAAGAAAUAUGCUGGACACUGUCAAACAUCACUGCAGGCACGGCUGACCACGCAAAAGCUGUUGUAGAUAUGGAUCUUGUCCCUCUGCUUAUUGAUUCAAUGUCAUCAUAUGAACUAUUCAUAAGGAAGGAGGCGUGCUGGGCCGUGCUAAAUCUAAUGUAUCAUUGUAAUAAUCUUCCCACCAACUCUGAUACAAAGUUUGAAUGGCUUAAGAUCCUUAUGGACAACGGUUUUAUCGAUGCCUUACAGAGCUAUUUAGAUGUGGUUCCCAAUGUUCCAGAAAUGCAAUGCCAGAUACUGGAUUGUUUCAGAUAUGCAUUGAAUGGAGGAAGGCAAUGGGAACUCAGAUACGGUAAAAACCCCAUAUACGAGAAGAUGGUCGAGGCUGAUAUAGUUGAUGCAAUAGAGGGAUUACAAGACAGUGGUGACAGAACGGUUUCAGAUAAAGCAUAUUCUAUCAUUGUUGACUUCUUUGAUGGUGUUGAUAAUUAA